GCGAGGGGCGGCUACGCGUGUUGCCAUAGCGACCAUUUUACGUUAACUGCUUUGUAGCUUCCUUCCAGGCGGCAGGGCGACCGCGGGGGAACUCUUUCUUCUCCCAUUCCUCCUGGGCCCCCUGCGGCCGGAAGGCCUUCGUAGGCUCCGGGGGUCUGGCCUAAGGUUCCGCGGCGCCCCGCGUGGGGGCGGAGGGAUGGCUGCGGAAGAAGAGGACGACGUGGAAUGGGUGGUGGAGAGCAUCGCCGGGUUCCUGCGAGGCCCGGACUGGUCCAUCCCCAUCUGGGACUUCGUGGAGCAGAAAUGUGAAGUUUUUGAUGAUGAAGAAGAAAGCAAAUUGACCUAUACAGAGAUUCAUCAGGAAUACAAAGAACUGGUUGAAAAGCUGUUAGAAAGUUACCUCAAAGAAAUUGGAAUUAAUGAAGAUCAAUUUCAAGAAGCAUGCACUUCUCCUCUUGCAAAGACCCAUACAUCACAGGCCAUUUUGCAACCUGUGUUGGCAGCAGAAGAUUUUACUAUCUUUAAAACAAUGAUGGUCCAGAAAAACAUUGAAAUGCAGCUGCAAGCCAUUCGAAUAAUUCAAGAGAGAAAUGGUGUAUUACCUGACUGCUUAACGGGUGGUUCUGAUGUGGUCAGUGACCUUGAACAGGAAGAGAUGAAAAUCCUGAGGGAAGUUCUUAGAAAAUCAAAAGAGGAAUAUGACCAGGAGGAAGAAAGGAAGAGAAAAAAGCAGGUGCCUACAGAACAUAUAAAUUUAUCAGAGACUAAAACAGAAGAGCCCCCAAUGCAUGCUAAUGAAACUGCAAAAAUGAAUAAUUCCCAAGGGGAUGGCGAACAUUUUGGACACCCACCCUCGGAGGUUAAAGUGCAUUUUGCUAAUCAGUCAGUGCAACCUUUGGCAAGAAAGUUGGAAAUGUUGCCUGAAACUUCCUCCCUCCCACAAAAAGGCCUGAAGAUUCCUGGCUUAGAACAUGCAAGCAUUGAAGGACCAAUAGCAAAUCUAUCAACACUUGGAACAGAAGAGCUCCGGCAACGAGAACACUAUCUCAAGCAGAAGAGAGAUCAGUUGAUGUCCAUGAGAAGGGAUAUGAGGACUAAGCAGAUACAAAAUUCGGAGCAGAAAGGAAAGCCUGGAGAGGUAGAGGUAGGACUAGCCUCAGUAUGUCAGUCUGCAAAUCUAGAGGUUGUAGUCUCAAAAUCAGAGUAUGUGCAAGAAAACCUCGAUAAUGAAUAUUGCUCAUAGAUCCAUUCUUAUUAACCUCCCUGCUAGUGUAGCACUUGGUAAGUCUUUUCUAGGCAGUGAUAUGAGGAUUUUGUGAGAUAGAAUUGAUAGCAGUUUCAUUAUACGUUUUUUUUCUGGUUUAUUUGCCCUGCUCUGAGUGCUUAAGGAUCAGCAGUCUACUUUACUUGAGCCUUUUGAAAUAUUUUAUCAGAGAGCAGCAUCAGUACCCUAGCCCCACCUCCAAGAGGCUUCCCCCAAGAGAGGUUUUUUACAAAGAAGAGAUUUAGGGAUCCCAGUCCACAUGUGGCUUUUUUUUUUUUUUUAAUUUACUGAAAAUGCUCUAAUCUUUGUUCCAGGAAGUAUGUUGGGAAUUUGAGAUAAAUGAGCCCAUCU